AUGGGCUCUUUAGCUGCCAAGUUCCUCCUGCCCACCGUCAGCAGCCUGGCUUUCCUCCCCACCGUCAGCAUCGCAGCCAAGAGGCAGUUUCACAUGGAGGCCAUGGUCUACUUCUUCACCAUGUUCUUUCUCUUGGUCUGCCACGCCUGCGAGGGCCCCGGGCUCAUCUUCCUUUGUUUCAUGAAGUACGAACUUCUGCAAAACUUCAGCAUCUUUGGAACCGCCUUUUCCAUGUGGGUCUCGCUGAUAGCUCUGGCAGAGUUUGAUGAGCCCAAACGAUCAACCUUGGUGAUGUUUGGAGUGCUUACCAUAGCUGUCAGGAUCUACCAUGACCGAUGGGGAUACGGUGUCUACUCUGGACCAAUCGGCACAGCAGUUCUCGCCAUAACUGUCAAAUGGCUGCAAAAGAUGAAGGAGAAGAAAGGGCUGUAUCCAGAUAAGAGUGUCUACACUCAGCAGGUGGGGCCUGGCUUCUGCUUUGGGGCCCUGGCUUUGAUGCUGAGAUUUUUCUUUGAGGACUGGGAUUACACCUACGUGCAUAGCUUCUACCACUGUGCUCUGGCCAUGUCUUUUGUCCUCCUCCUGCCCAAAGUGAACAAGAAAGCAGGCAACGGGGGAGCCCCUGCGAAACUGGACUGCUCCACUCUCUGCUGCUAUGUAUGAGGACUCGGCCCCUGGCGUGAAGGAUCAAAGGACUUUUUCCAGGCCUGCAGAUGCAGCUAAAAGCCAUGGGCUUUCUGAGUUUUUCUUUUGAAGACAUUUUGCUUCUCAUCCAAGAAGCUUCUUCA